UAGGGUGUGCCCGAUUGAUGUGCCCGUAACAUUAUUGUUUUUUAAGUAGAAAACUUCUCGUAGUUGUUUGAUAAAACAUCUAAGGGAGAUGUUUGGCAAAAUCAAUUGUAGUUGCGUAUGCACAAAGCAUGUCGUGGAAUGAGGCUUAGGUGUCCCAUCUAGAUUUCAGGAGAUUGUCUAUUGAGUUUAAUGAGUUCAGUUUUAACCGUUUGUGUGUGAAGAAUUGUAAAUUGUUUCUUAUAAAUGAUGAUUAGUUUAUAUUCCAGGAAAGAGAAGUUAUUAUGUUGUGAAUUUUGGGGUGAUCGCGCAUGCUAGCACGCAAAAAUCUCGUGCAUGUGAUGUUUGAUGAACAUGUGUUCAGAAUGUUGAGCAAAAGUCGGAGAUUUGAGAUUUUAGUGUCGCAUUAGUGUUUGGAAUGUAUAAUAAUCACAUUCAAGAUACCAGGCAUGAAACUCCUUGUGCAAUCACGAGCCGAUCACCUAGUCUACCAUAAAAAUAUGAAUUUUGGGUCAGCAGUUGGAAGACUACCCUGUUAAUUGACAUAUUUUUUUGUUCUUAUUAAAAAAAAUUCGUAUUUGUUAGUUUUUUGUCAAUUUUUUGGGAGUUAUUGUAUCGUCAUGACGGAAGGAAUCUAAAAAGUAAAAAAUUAUGAUCGAAAUCUAAUUUUUUUUUAAUAAAGACGAAAAAAUUGGCUUAUUGGUUUAUUUGUCUUUAUUAAAAAAAUAGGUUUCGAUCGUAAUUUUUUACUUUUUAGAUUUCUUUUGUCAUGACAAUGUAAUAAUCUUUAAAAAAUUAACAAAAAACUAACAAAUACAAAAAAAAUUGAAUAAAAAUAAAAAAAUAAGCCAAUUGACUUAUUUAGCUGAACGGGACUUGUACAUUCAUUCAAAAGCACAAGGUAGUACAAGUUUAAAUUGUUUAAUCAAGAAACCGGGAGGUUGUUAAGAAAUACAUCUGCAUUUACCCAUUUCUCCCACUUGCAGGUGGCGCAUUCUUUAUUAAUGGCUGCUCCAUUCCCUUCAAUAAUAACUCCACACCACAGUUCCAAUUAAACCCUUCCCUCUCUCUCUCUCUCUCUCUCUCUCUCUCUGCGAAUUGCAAUGGCACUUCUCUCCAGAGCCAUGGCCUCUGUCACCAAACCCACCACACUGCACCUCCACAACCUCAUCCGAUGCAUGAGCAACGUCCCAGAAAACACCGUAUAUGGAGGACCCAAGACCCAGAACCCUAACCAAAGGGUGACCCUAACACACUUAAAGCAGAAGCAUCGCAAGGGGGAGCCUAUUACCAUGGUGACUGCCUACGAUUACCCCUCUGCGGUCCACCUCGACACCGCCGGCAUUGAUAUCUGCCUCGUCGGCGACUCCGCCGCCAUGGUGGUUCACGGCUACGACACCACUUUACCAAUUACACUUGACGAGAUGCUCGUCCAUUGCCGCUCCGUGGCGCGGGGGGCUAAGACGCCGUUGCUCGUUGGGGACCUCCCGUUUGGCACUUACGAGUCCAGUACUCGUCAGGCAGUUGAUACAGCAGUUAGGGUUCUCAAGGAAGGAGGAAUGGAUGCGAUUAAAUUGGAAGGGGGUUCACCGUCAAGAAUCACAGCAGCUAAAGCAAUUGUGGAGGCCGGAAUUGCUGUAAUGGGCCAUGUAGGGCUUACUCCUCAGGCCAUCAGUGUUCUUGGUGGAUUUAGGCCGCAAGGCAAGAAUGUCGCUAGUGCUGUCAAGGUUGUUGAGACUGCACUGGCUCUGCAGGAAGCUGGGUGUUUUUCUGUUGUUUUGGAAUGUGUACCUGCACCUGUGGCUGCUGCUGCGACAUCUGCUCUUCGAAUACCCACCAUUGGUAUUGGGGCAGGACCUUUCUGCAGUGGUCAGGUGUUAGUUUACCAUGAUUUAUUGGGAAUGAUGCAACACCCACAUCAUGCCAAGGUAACCCCAAAGUUCUGCAAGCAGUUUGCGCGUGUGGGAGAUGUCAUAAACAAGGCUCUUUCAGAGUACAAGGAAGAAGUAACAAAUGGGUCGUUCCCAGGUCCUUCCCACACCCCUUACAAAAUUAAUGCAGCUGAUGUUGAUGGUUUCUUGACUGAGCUACAAAGGUUGGGUUUGGAAAAGGCUGCAUCCGCAGCUGCUACAGCCGCUGAGAAGAUUGAGACAGUUGAAUUGCACGUCGGAGGGAGCCCGAUACACAAUUGAAUCAGCACUCGGCAGUGAAUUGUAAAGAAGAGGUCUUCAUAUCAUUCACCGUUGCUCGGAUAGGAAAAUUUUGAGGAACAAGAACAUUCUUGUGGCUGUUGAGGUCUUGCCAUUUUGUCCAAUUAACUCCUGACCUGUGAAAUAAUUGCCUGUAUUUCAAAUGGGAAAUAGCUGCAAUGUGAUUGGCCAUUCGUCGGGAAUUAGUUUAGUUAAGGUUUUACUGCAUCUGUAUUUUGUUGCUCUGUGAAUUAAUGAAAACCAUAUCCCUUGCACUUUCCUCCA